AUAUCUCCCUGGUAAACAGAUUUUGCAUAGCCUCAUGCUUAUAUUCAACGAAUCGGCCAUAUUCACCUCCCCUUUCUCCUACAGGGGUUCCCAGGAUGAUGAAAAUUUCUCUCCAUUUCCGUUCCAUCUUUGUAUAGCUCUUCUCUUUUCUCUCACAAAUCUUCUACACGAUCAGUUAAUUGCUAAAAACCCCAUUCAAUUUGUCAUACAUCAAGCAUAAUCUCAUCUCACAGGGUUCCCGAUUGCUGUUAUUUAUUAAAAUUUGGGGUUUCCUUAUCGAUUCCUGGUAAAAUUCCAAUAACAACAUAUUUAGUGUUCAAUUCGGUUAUAUACUCUGUUUAUAGGGCUCAUUAUAAAGUUUUGAACCCCUUGAGAUGGAUGGAAAUAAAGACGAUGCUUUGAGAUGUUUAAAAAUCGGAAAAGAUGCGUUAGGGUUGGGUGAUCGAGCUCGUGCCCUAAAAUUCAUCUCAAAAGCUCGAAGAUUAGAUCCUUCGCUUCCCGUCGACGAUCUAUUAUCGAAUCUAGAACCCGACAACCCGGCCGAUGAAUCGCCUUCCGGUUCACCUCCGUCAAAACCGUCAGAGAAUAGCACGGGUGAUAGUUCUGGUGUACGGCGUAGGGCUCCGGCAACCGGAUCUUCAUCACCGGGAUCAUACACAGAUGAACAAAUCACGAUCGUGAGCGAAAUCAAAACGAAAAAGGAUUAUUACGAGAUAUUAGGAUUGGAAAAAUCGUGUAGCGUUGACGAUAUCAGAAAAGCGUACAGAAAAUUGUCUUUGAAGGUCCACCCUGACAAGAACAAAGCUCCGGGAUCCGAAGAAGCAUUCAAAAAAGUAUCGAAAGCUUUCCAGUGUUUGAGCGUGGACGAGAAUCGUAAACAGUACGAUAUUCUCGGGUCAGAUGAGCCCAUUUACGAGAGGCGCACCCCAACGGCCGGUGGCCACCGCCAUGGGUUCACCAACGGGUUCUAUUACGACGGCGAGGUGGAUGCCGACGAGAUCUUUAGGAACUUUUUUGGAGGUAUGAACCACGGCGCCACCACCCAGUUCACCGGAUUUACUUUUGGGCCCGGCGUAGGUGCAGGGAUGCCGGCGGGAAACGGUUCAGGGGGGAUUCGGACUUUGAUUCAGUUGUUGCCGGUGGUUUUGCUUCUUUUGUUGAACUUUUUGCCAUCUAAUGAACCGGUUUAUAGUCUUGCCAGGCAAUAUGGUUAUGAUUAUCGUUUGACUACGCAAAAAGGUGUUAAUUUUUUUGUGAAAUCGAGCAGUUUUGAAAGGGAUUAUCCGAUGGAAAGUCCAGAAAGAAUUGAAAUUGAAGAAAGAAUCGAGGAUGAGUAUAUUUCAGUUCUUUCUCAUAAUUGUCAGAUUGAAAAACGACGGAUUCAUUGGGGGAAUAAACAAGGAACACCAAAUUGUGACGCUUUGAAGCAGUUUCAUGCUCCUUUGAUACAUUGAUUCAAGGUUUUUGAGUUGUUUUGAUGACAAUUUGAUUAUGGAGCUAAGAUUUUGUAGGAAUGUUUGUGGGUCUUUGAAGUUUUUAUAGGAGAGAUUUUUGGUUUUUUUUUUUAUUAUUAUGGGGUAUUAGGAUACUUUGAGUGUUUGUAUGUGAUUUGACAAUAUAAUAAUCUCUAUGAAUUGUGAGUUUUGGAACUCACUAAUCCGAAUGAUUUGUAUAAAAACUUUGUAAUUUUCUCCAAGUAUAUGCAUUUUCUUGUGAA